UGUUCCGUGGUAAUGAGAACGGCGACUGCUGGCCGCGGAUCCAUUGCACAGGCCCGCCCUCAGAUCGCUGGUCCCCGGCGCCAACUCGGACAGGCUGCUCAUUUAUUGCAACGGUCAAGGGCCGCUCGUGCCAGAGUAGCGCGCGCGCGCACGCACACACACGGGGAGGGGAGAAAGUUUUUUUUUGAAAAAUGAAAGGCUAGACUCUCUGCUCUGCGGCCGGGGCGCUGCGCGAGGGGGUCGCGGCAGACUCAGGGCAGUAGGACGUCCCGCGGCUCUGCGCCCGCGUGGGAUGCUGCAGCGCUGGCUGCUGGGCCCCCGAAGCAGCUGCACGCCAGGCCGGCGACAAUGGCAGAGCGCCCGCCGCGGCGCGCGCCCCCUGCCCGCGCCCUCCUGCUGGCCCUGGCCGGGGCCCUGCUGGCGCCCCAUGCGGCCCGAGGGGUGAAUUUAUGGGACCAGAGAGGAGCUUAUGAAGUGGCCAGAGCCUCCAUUCUGAGCAAGGACCCUGGAAUCCCAGGACAGAGCUUCCCGGCAAAGAAUCACCCAGAUGUGCUGAUGGUGCGACUGCAGCUGGAGAGCCGAGAACUGAUCCUAAGUCUGGACAGGAAUGAGGGACUCAUUGCCGAUGGCUUCAUGGAGACCCAUUAUCUGCAAGAUGGUACUGACGUCUCCUUCACUCGAAAUUACACGGAUCACUGUUACUACCACGGACAUGUGCAAGGGGAUGCCGCUUCAGUGGUCAGCCUCAGCACCUGUUCUGGGCUCAGGGGACUUAUCGUGUUUGAAAAUAAAACCUAUAUCUUAGAACCGAUGAAAAACGCCACCAACAGAUACAAACUCAUCCCAGCUGAGACCAUGAAGAACAUCCAGGGGUUGUGUGGGUCACAUCAUAACCAGUCCAGCCUCACCAUGGAAGAUGUCUCCCCUGAACCCUCUCAAAUGUGGUCAAGAAGGCAUAAAAGAGAGACCCUUAAGAUGACCAAGUACGUAGAGCUGGUUAUUGUGGCCGACAACCGAGAGUUUCAGAGGCAAGGAAAAGAUCUGGAGAAAGUUAAGCAGCGACUAAUAGAGAUCGCUAAUCACGUUGACAAGUUUUACAGACCACUGAACAUCCGGAUUGUGCUGGUAGGGGUGGAAGUGUGGAAUGACAUGGACAAAUGCUCUAUAAGCCAGGACCCCUUCACCAGUCUCCAUGAAUUUCUGGACUGGAGGAAAAUAAAGCUUCUACCUCGCAAAUCCCACGACAAUGCUCAGCUUAUCAGUGGGGUUUAUUUCCAAGGAACCACCAUCGGCAUGGCACCCAUCAUGAGCAUGUGCACUGCGGAGCAGUCUGGAGGCGUUGUCAUGGACCAUUCAGACAGCCCUCUUGGUGCUGCCGUAACCUUGGCACAUGAGCUGGGCCACAAUUUCGGAAUGAACCAUGACACACUGGAGAGGGGCUGCAGCUGCAGAAUGGCUGCAGAGAAAGGAGGCUGCAUCAUGAACCCUUCCACCGGGUUCCCAUUCCCCAUGGUGUUCAGCAGCUGCAGCAGGAAGGACCUGGAGGCUAGCCUGGAGAAGGGAAUGGGGAUGUGCCUCUUCAACCUACCAGAGGUCAAACAGGCCUUUGGAGGCCGGAAGUGUGGAAAUGGCUAUGUGGAAGAGGGAGAACAGUGUGACUGCGGGGAACCAGAGGAAUGUACCAACCGCUGCUGCAACGCCACCACCUGCACUCUGAAGCCAGACGCCGUGUGUGCACACGGACAGUGCUGCGAAGACUGCCAGCUGAAGCCUCCAGGAACUGCAUGCAGGGCCUCCAGCAACUCCUGUGACCUCCCAGAAUUCUGCACAGGGACUGCCCCUCACUGCCCAGCCAAUGUGUACCUGCAUGACGGGCACCCCUGUCAGGGAGUGGAUGGUUACUGCUACAACGGCAUCUGUCAGACCCAUGAGCAGCAGUGUGUCACACUCUGGGGACCAGGUGCUAAACCAGCCCCUGGCAUCUGCUUUGAGAGAGUCAACUCUGCAGGAGAUCCUUACGGCAACUGUGGCAAAGACUCGAAGAGUGCCUUCGUCAAGUGUGAGAUGAGAGAUGCCAAGUGUGGAAAAAUCCAGUGUCAAGGUGGUGCUAGCCGACCAGUCAUUGGUACCAAUGCGGUUUCCAUAGAAACAAAUAUCCCACAGCAGGAAGGAGGUCGGAUUCUGUGCCGGGGGACCCAUGUGUACUUGGGCGAUGACAUGCCGGACCCAGGGCUUGUGCUUUCAGGAACCAAGUGUGCGGAAGGAAAAAUCUGCCUCAAUCGUCGGUGUCAGAAUAUCAGCGUCUUCGGAGUUCACAAGUGUGCAAUGCAGUGCCAUGGCCGAGGGGUGUGUAACAACCGGAAGAACUGCCACUGUGAGGCCCACUGGGCCCCUCCCUUCUGUGACAAGUUUGGCUUUGGAGGAAGCACAGACAGCGGUCCCAUCCGGCAAGCAGAUAACCAGGGCUUGACUGUAGGAAUCCUGGUAAGCAUCCUGUGUCUGCUCGCCGCUGGAUUUGUGGUGUAUCUCAAAAGGAAGACCCUGAUGCGGCUGCUGUUCACACAUAAGAAAACCACCAUAGAAAAGCUGAGGUGUGUGCACCCUUCCCAGACACACAGUGGUUCUCACCUUGGCCAGGCUCACCCCACCCUCGGAAAAGGCCUGCUGAUGAGCCGGCCACCACAUUCCAACACCCCCAAGGACAGACGGACGCUGCAGUGCCAGAACAUCGACAUCAGCAGGCCCCUCAACACUCCAGCCGUCCCUCAGCCUCAGUCACCUCAGAGAGUGCUCCCACCUCUCUACCAGGCCCCACGUGUACCCAAUGGCCCUGCCAGGCCCCUGCCUGCCAAUCCGGCACUCAGGCAGGCCCAGGGCAGCCGCAAGCCCAGCCCUCCUCAGAAGCCUCUGCCUGCUGAUCCAUUGAGCAGGACAUCUCGGCUCACUAGUGCCUUAUUGAGGACCCCAGGGCAGCAGGAGCCUGGGCUCCGCCCAGCCCCAAACAGACCUGCUCCUAAGCAUCAAGGGCCCAGAUCUUCCCACAAUGCCUACAUCAAGUGACAAGCAAGCCCAGACUGGUCCUCAACAGUGAAGACACAAGUUUGCACUAUUGUCAACUCCAUCGGAGUGAUUUUUUUUUUUUUGUACCAACUUGCAGAAUUUUUAAAGUGUUUCAAACGCCGUUGUUUCCAGAACUUUGAGCUGCUGCCGUCGGUGCUGUGCUGUGGUGCUUUGUGUCCUUGCUCAGGUACUUGUAAGUUAUUAAUUUAUGCAAAGUGUCUAUUACUGCGCAGGGCGCCGUAGCAGGCAUUUGUUCCAUCACGGGGGUUUCUACAGAAGGCUCCUUGUGCUUUUCUUCUUCUGGCGGACUUGAAAUAUCCUGCUUGAUGGGAUCCAAGACGAGAUGUUUACUUUCUGUUCGAGGCCUUAUUGGAAAACAGCUCCCCAGCUCCCCAAGGCUGUGUUAUAGCACCAGACACACAGCUCAGGAGACCCCAAGCGGAACCUGGAAUGGGUUUUUUGUUUUUAUUUUUUUGGAAUCCCGAUCUUGGGCUGUAGCCAGGGCCUUCAGGAAGGUCUUGGGCUCGGCAUACUGACAAGGCUUCAGGCCCUGCACCCUGAGGCUCUCAGACAACUGGUAGUAUCUGGUUCUGGCCAGCAGCUUUGGAGAAAACCUGGGAUGCAAGCAAGAAGGUUGAGGUGUGGCCACACCGGAAUAGAGACUGGAACCCUAGUCCAGGCAGACAUUUGACCUUGAGCUGAGCAGCUGUGAACACCUUUGGAGGGCAAAGAAGUCUGUGGUGCUAUACGAGGCUUUGCUCCCAGAGCGGGAGGAGUCUCUCUCUGGGUGCCCUCUUGCAGAGGGCUGGCAUGGGCGUGUUGUUUACAUUGGGAACGGUGGUGUUUCUGCAGGAAAGCCACUGGCCAGGCACUGCAGAGCCCUGUCUCCUGCCCCCUUUAGAGCUAAGCAAAUUACCACAUUGUCUUCUUGACUGUCAGACAAUGACCCUGUGUUCUGACAGAUAGAGGAGGCUUUCUAUGGGACCAUAAACAUUUUCAGAUGUGAACUGGUAACCAGAGCUAGCCGAUCAACCCUGGAGAUCAAACUCUCCUUCUUACUGCAAGGCUCAGCUUAUUAAAAAUUAGGUAGAAUCCAUAUGCUUGCAAAAGUUAUAACCACAUGGAAUGCUAUUCUCAUUGUACAGCCUAUGUCUGCUGUCCUUAUUAGUAGUCAUUGGACAAAGAACCCAAAGUCACCUGUCUGCUCCCUUCAGGGCAUCCUGGUCUCUUCAGCAUAGUCUCAGUCUUUCCCACACUAGGAACAUACCUGUUAGUGUAUCAUAAGAUGACAAAGAAAUCAGUUCCCUAAUGCUGAAGGCUCGUGAAAGGAAGACCCAACCAGGCAACCCUUCCAUCUUUUAUUCUUCUGAUGUCUGGAAAGCCACCUUCAGGAGCAGAUCUUUAAGAUGCCUCAACCUAAUGUUAUGAAAGAUACAUUUUUAAAAAAAAUCAUGUAAGGCAAAGUGCCAGAGGCCUUCACUGUGUCCUGGCAGAGUGUUGGGAUGACCAGCGUUCACAAUAGAAGGUAACUGAGGUUCUGUAACGUCUGAGUAUUUUAGAAUCAGGCUUCUUUGGAAGGGUCAUAUCAAUGACUGGCCUAUACCUUGAAGCAGAAGGGGAAAUAUAGGCUUAGAAUUUGGUUUUCUUUCCAGAGUUCAAAACUGUAUUCAGCUUUGGGAAACAUGGCCUUCAUGAUGGUGGAUAAAUAAAUCCACAUCACAGAUACAUAAAAGAACUCUCAUAGCCUGCCUCUUUUCAUGGCAUGGUGACCAUUUUGCUGCCACCAGAAUUGUUUUAACUGAUGUGAUAUUGAGUAGUUGUAUUAAGGCCAGACACACACAACUGGAAAAGUUACAGAGCUGUGUGAGCAUUGUCUUUGGAGACACUCAAAGCUCUAGCUGGGGCAUGUAAGCCCAUUUUGGGUGGGAGUGAGGGGGAAGCUAGGAACCCAUAUUUCUUCUGUCAUUUCUGUACCUUGGUUUUGGAGGAUCAGGGAGAGUUUGGCUUAAAUGAAGUGGGAACUGUGAUCUUCUGCCAUCUCCCCAGUGGCUGCCAAGGGUGCCAGUGGUGCCUUCUCAGCUGAGCUGUGAUGGCUGCUUGCUUUUCCAGAACCAGCAUCCAUUUCUGAAUAAGAAUAUAUUUAAUCCUGAUAUCCCUUACAGGACAGACAGUAUUAUUAAAGGAAUACCUCUAAGAUAUAGUAGUUAUCAAAUGAAGCAUGUUUAGCAACAACCUCAAUUUUAACAAAACUUAGGAACCAAUAACUAGCAUUGAGGUUUUUUGAAAGAGAGUAGUUUUUCUCUCCCUUUCUACAUCCUUUACAUGACAGAGACCAAAGUUAAUACUCACGGUUCAAUUGCAGCCCAUCUUAUGUUUAAACACACUAUAGACAUGAUUAGAGUUGGUUGAGUUUCGUGAGACCAUCCCCGAGAAGGUCCAGGAAAGUGGUCCAGUGCCUAGACACGAGGCAUGGCUGGAUGUUCUCAUUUCCUUCCUGUAUCAAGGAAUAGUUAGAGGUGAUGUGACCCCACUUUCCAGGCAGGUGAACUUCGCAGGCAUUCCAUAUAAAAGCUGGUCACCUACAGUAUUCCCAAGUCUGUUUUCCCAGCACAUGGACUCAGAUGAAGAGCAACAGUACAGUUUUCCAUUUCAAAAUAUGCAUGCCGGGUUCGCACUCUCUGUGAGUGUUCCCAGCUUACACAUGUGGAAUGACAUCACAGAAACCACACAAGCAACAAAUUAAACUCCACGGGAAGAAAUAUUCCCGACUGGUCUCUGAGGAGGCGUUUUUAUGCCUUCUUAACUUUAUUAGGAAUUCUCAGGCUGAAGCUAUGGGUCAUUGUUCUCCAGCAAAUCAAUACAACCCAUCAAUGCAUUCCCUAAGAACUGCCAAACCCUGAUCUGUGUUUGAAUGUUCUUAGGAGCCUGUGAUCCCCACGGUGCUACAAAGAGGUUGGAGCUGGGCCAAUGGGAAGGCCUGAGCAUCCUCCUGCCUCUCAGCAGAUGUUUACUGAGCACUCUGAGCCAGCGCCACCCUGACACCCAGGAGGACAAUGGCUGGGCAGGAGGGCGCCUGGCCACUUGCAGCUCUUUCCUCCGAGGCUUGCUUCACGUUUGAAUUCUCUUAGAUCCGGCCCCAGCCCGGGGACACUGUCUACAGAUCCUCCCCCACCAUUCUCAAAUGGCCUCAGUCAUACACAAAUGACCCAGACUAAGAGACACCAGCAGUCCCAGAAGCUCCCCAGAACUGAAAGCAGGGUGUUUUGAGCAGUGUGGCAAGUGAGGGAGGAUACUACAGAGGCCAUUUUUUCUGUCUCUUCCACUCAUACUGGAAGCUAGCCCUCCACUCCCAGUUUUGCCACACAACUCCAUCACACCGAGUACACAGGAAAACAUAGGCACCAGUUUGCCUUUCUCUCUUGCCAAUCACAAAUGCCUUAUUCUGGCCCGACCCCAUGCCAAAGUCUCUCUCAUCCGAGAGAGCCACGCUCUGCCUUUGUCACUACUUCAUGCCGAAGUGGCAACUGUUACGGGGUGUGGCUACCCUUCAAGGUUCACCUAUUAGACAGUACAGUCCAACCUUCUCCAGGGCCAUAGUACAGAGCAACCCCCCAGCACACACCAGCCUUGAACCUAUCCCACAGCAUGUCAACCACAGUGACCUCCCUCCUAAUGCCUUGCUCUGAUUAGAAGGUGAAGUUGGACAUCGAAAAUCAAGUUAGCACUGACGGCAAAAUGCUGUUGCUGCAACCUGAUCUCUUGCUUUUCAACUCUGAUGAAGUAAUUCUCCCAGAUCUGUGAGCCCCAUGCUCAGAACCACCGGGCAGUGGGGACCCUUGCAGGAGACAUUUGCACAGACAUGAAUGUACCAUUUCCGUGCCUUUUGUGGAGAACAACAUACAUACAUAUAUACAUACACACACACACACACAUGGGAAAGUAAUAGCCCUUUAUUAUCAAACCACUGCAAGCUUCUCUCAUAUGAGAGAAACUAGGAACAGAAACGCCGCAUGUGGACUUGUUGGGAUGCUCAAUAAUGGAUGAGAUUGCCAGAAGGCCUAAAACUCAAGAGUCAUUUUCAGCUGGAAAAUGAUUUGGGCCUCUGCAAGUUGAGAGCCCCACCACCUGCCUACUUUCAAAGAGCAUGUUCUGUGAUAUCUGUAAUUCUCCAAGAAGGUAACAUUCUAGUCCUUAAUUUAGUACAUUUAAAUUGAGACAGAUUCAGUAUCAUGUGACUUCUUUUACAAACAAGUCAAAUGCUGGUUUGCCUUCCUUGGCCUGUAUGUUGGUACUUCAUACGGCAGUGGCCAGAAAACAUACACGCACACAAAUGUCAUGAGACUCCAAGGCAGGACCCUUAGAACUAAAAUUCCUAUCUGGGCAACAUGGUAGUGAUUGGGAAGCCAACCAUCUCGAUGUUUGUGGCAGCAAGCAAGAUAGCUCUAACUGGCCACAAGCUGCUUAGCUCCUUUCUGAUUAACAUUACAUCUCGGUCAACCUGCAGAGUCAUUCUGCAGGGCUUCAUCCAUUGAUAGCGCUUUGAUAAACUCAUGUUUUCACAUUUGUAUGUUACAUGCUGUUAUUGUUGUACGCAUUUCUCAUAUGGAGGAUCUACAAGUAAAUACAGCCUACUAGUUCAGUAGAAAAUGUCAUUGUUAAGAAUAUUAUAUCCAAUAAACAGUAAACAGAUAAACA